AACACAGUGACGCGGCGUUGCGUGGCCCAGCAAAUCACAGAUUUGUUGUAUAUGUGGACGAGCGCGAGAGACGCUAUUCACGUCCACAGCUUCAUAUGCAAUCACAUAAACAAAAGACACACGAGGACCGCUCGUCGGAGGUGCAAUGGCAAGGAAAAGUGCAAUUCCCCCUUCAUACUAUGGGCAGCCACACAAAUUUGACCCCACAUUCAGAGGACCUAUUCACCAUAGGGGCUGCACAGACGUGCUUUGCUGUGUGAUCUUUGUGAUCGUCAUCCUCGGUUACAUCGUUCUGGGAACAGUGGCUUGGAUGCAUGGGGAUCCCCGGAAAGUUGUCUACCCAACAGAUAGCUAUGGGCAGUUCUGUGGACAGCAGGGUACUCCUAAUGCAAAUAAAGCCAUAUUAUUUUACUUCAAUAUUUUGCAAUGUGCCAAUCCUACAGUCCUCAUUAACCUUCAGUGCCCUACAACUCAGCUGUGUGUAUCCAAGUGCCCAGACAGAUUUGCCACUUACAUCGACAUGCAAUACAACUACAGACGCAAUAAAAGCUACUGGGAAUACUACAAGCAAUUCUGCAAGCCGGGCUUCAACAAUCCUGAUAAGCCGGUUUCUCAUGUGCUUCGGGAUGAAGAUUGUCCCUCAAUGAUUGUGCCAAGCAGACCAUUUCUCCAGAGGUGCUUUCCCGAUUUCAUCACUAGAAACGGGACAUUAACUGUUGCCAACCAAACAAGCUUCAAAGAUGGACACGGUAAAAUCAGAAGUGUCGUCGAUCUGAGAGAUGCAGCAAACAAAGUUACAGCGAUGCAGCAAGGAACAGAAAGUGGCAUCACCAGCCUUUUGGAUGCAAAGGAAGUGGGCAUUAAGAUCUUUGAGGAUUACGCCAGCUCGUGGUUUUGGAUCCUAAUUGGUCUGGUGAUAAGUAUGCUGGUCAGUCUGAUCUUCAUUCUGCUGCCGAGGUUCACCGCUGGCGUUCUCUUCUGGAUGGUCAUCUUCGGGGUCAUCGCAGCUGUGGGCUAUGGAAUAUGGCAUUGUUACUGGGAGUACAGUUCACUCAAGGGGAAGCCGGACUCUGACAUCACCAUCCCAGACAUUGGAUUCCAGACUGACUUCCGGGUUUAUUUGCAGCUGAGUCAGACCUGGCUCAUAUUCAUGAUCUCCUUGGCUGUCAUUGAAGCUAUCAUCAUCUUAGUGCUGAUAUUCCUGCGGAACAGAGUUCGUAUUGCCAUCGCUCUGCUAAAGGAGGGCAGCAAGGCGAUUGGUUGCAUCAUGUCAACACUGUUCUAUCCAAUCAUCACCUUCCUGCUUCUGGCUAUUUGUAUUGCAUACUGGGCUGUUACAGCUGUGUUCCUGGCAUCAUCUGGUGAUGCAGUAUAUAAAGUAAUGUCAACGCUACCCAACUGCAAGUAUACCAACCUCACCUGUGACCCAGAGACCUUCAGUCAGUCCAAUGUCACUAAACUUUGUCCGGGCUCCCAGUGCACCUUUGCUUUUUAUGGUGGGGAGAGUUUGUACCACCGUUAUAUAUUUGUUCUUCAGCUCUGCAAUUUGCUGGUCUUCCUCUGGCUGGUGAAUUUCACCAUCGCUUUGGGCCAGUGCACCCUUGCCGGGGCUUUUGCCUCGUAUUACUGGGCCUUGAGGAAGCCAGCAGACAUCCCACCUUGCCCGCUGGCUUCAUCAUUUGGCAGGGCUUUAAGGUAUCACACAGGCUCUCUUGCGUUUGGAGCUUUGAUUCUGUCCAUUGUACAGUUUAUACGGAUUAUUCUUGAGUAUCUCGACCACAAACUGAAAGGUGCUCACAAUGCAUUUACACGCUUCCUGCUGUGCUGCCUAAAAUGCUGUUUCUGGUGCCUAGAGCACUUCAUCAAGUUUAUGAACAGGAAUGCUUACAUUAUGAUUUCAAUAUAUGGGAAGAAUUUCUGUGGCUCAGCGCGAGACGCUUUCUUCCUGUUAAUGAGGAACGUUAUGAGAGUUGCUGUUCUAGACAAGGUGACUGACUUCCUGCUGUUCUUGGGGAAACUGCUGAUCUCAGGGAGUGUGGGUGUCCUUGCAUUCUUUUUCUUCACCCGCCAAAUACCAGUAAUCCAGCAAGAGGUGCCAUCAUUAAAUUAUUAUUGGGUCCCUCUACUGACUGUGAUAUUUGGAUCCUAUAUGAUUGCACAUGGGUUCUUUAACGUCUAUGCCAUGUGUGUAGAUACAUUGUUCCUCUGCUUCUGUGAAGAUCUUGAAAGGAACGAUGGCAGUCCUUCCAAACCAUAUUACAUGCCUCCAGGCCUGCACAGGAUACUUGACAAAACUGAUCAAGCAGGCAAAAAGUAUGCUGUGUCCUGAAGCCGUCACCUCAGUGGGACGUGAAGAACAGCGCUAAUACUGUAGCUCGCUGCAUCUCUCCCGCAGCACAACAAGGCCUUCUGGGAUAUAGAAUCAGAUAGCAUUAAUAGAAGGGAUCUUCUCUCUGCACUGUCUGCUAAUACUGACUGACUCCUGCUCUAUUUUUUCCCAUACGUUUUUCCCUCUUUUUCUUUUUGCUGGUAAUUCUGUCCAUCAUUGCCUUACCCAUUGUUUGUCUUCUGGAGAAAAGUAAUUGAAUUAAGGUCUGAUAAUACUCUGGUACCCAAUGAUGAAAGCAAGUUAUUCUAUAUAUUUACUCUCUUUAUCUUGCAGUAUCCUACUCUUUCUAUACAACCCUUUGUUUUCAUGUCAUUUUUGGUUUAUAAGUUCAUGCAGUACAUUGAUGUGCAUGUGGAUGGAUUGACUAAUUUCUUAGUCCACAUGAUUGUAAUAUUAACUUUGUCAUAGUCUAAUGGCAAAUGCUAUUGUAAUGGGGGAAUCUUAAUAGAUAGUGUAUAUUCUCUUAUAACCAUGUUUUGAUAGAAUCUAUGAAUUUUUCAGGUGUUCUGAUGACAGUAUUUAGUAACUGUGCCUGAUUUAAAAGGAAGAGUGCUGCUCUUCUUUGUUUUUGAUUUUUUUUUUUUUGCAAUCAAUCUGAAAGUUUUUCAAGUUCAAUUUAUAAAAGGAACAUAAAAGCCAUUUUUUUGUAAUUUUGUAGACUGGUUUGAUGCUGCGUCUACUCUGUGAAGUUCAGUACAAGUUGUCUUUUAAUGGGG